CAACAAUUGAAAUAAGUAUGGCUAUAGUUUAUCAUUUUUUAAUAUAUGAUAACGGUAUGCCUAUAUAGGACUACAUCAAUCAAUCAUUUGAGACAGAGAGAGAGAACGAUAGGCCUACCUAUUGAUACUGUGGUCAAAUGCUGUGUAGGUUGUAGGCUACUAGAACGAUUAGCAAGUUCAAAAAUUACAGAAGCCACGUGAGUAUUUUAUAACAAAACUACUUAAUGUGGCUGCUUGCCCGUCUAAAAUAAAAGGUUUAAAUUAUUAGGUCUCAUGGGAGGCUGUUGUGUGCUACCGUGCUACUCAUUUCCAGAUAGGUAUGUGCCUGACCCCAGAGUUGUUUCCAGCCCGAACCAAACCGAACACGGGGGAGUCACAGGAUUAUACCAAAGACAAAUGUGGGACAGGAGUCUGGUAGGUCAGUGCUAAAAUUAGGCUGCUCGUUUCACCACUGAAGCCAAUUUGCGGGGUACAAACUAAUCUGAAUUGGGGGAUACACCCACAGGCUCACAUUUUGUCAAGGACAAUCAAGCCCAUUACGCGUAAAGGCUGUGCGUAACGCUUGCUAGGUCGGAUUUUUGAAGACGCCAUAGAACGUGUAAGCUGCCACUGAAAUGUCUUUUUUAACCAUACCAAGUCAGGAAAAUCUAUUUACCACCAUUAAAGGUGGGAGAUCCUCAGAUGGACCAGAGAGAUUCCGCACAGUGGACGCAGAUGAAGAUGACGAAGAUGAUGAAGAUGACACCGACGUGCGCCUCAUCCCGCGGUGCUCCCCGAUUCCCCGCAGGAGAGGCUCGUCCAUCGCAGACGAAACAGCGGAGUACAUGCGCAUCCAACUGGCCCUGUCUGGAGGGAAAAGAGUAUCCUUUGCAGACACCACAGGCGGUGACCUUGUAGAUGUGAAAGAAUUUACGGCUUUUGACUCAGAUGACGAGGACAGUGCUAAAUGGGAGGAAGAGGAGGCAAAGUACAGACAAUCACAACAAGUUCCAGUGUAUCAUGUGCACCCAGAGUUCAGUGUUCUCAGUGGUAAUGACUUACUACAGGCAGUGCGCACUAACAAAGUGGAGGUAGAGAACAUCUCACCAGUAGAAAAUGACCCCCUUGCCUUUUGUGGAGAAAUCAGAGUUUUUAAUAUUUCCUUCAACAAAGCAGUGUACAUCAGGUGCACCAUGGAUCACUGGGCCUCCUACUAUGACCACCCUGCAGAGUAUGUACAGGGCUCUAAUGAUGGAGACACUGAUAAGUUCUGCUUUAAAUUGUGUUUUGCAUCACCCUACACCACACAUGGAUCUCGCAUGGAAUUUGUGGUUCGUUACGAAACCUCUGAGGGAGACUACUGGGCCAAUAACUCCAAGAUGAACUAUGUGGUGACACUUCUCUUGUCCUAUGAAAACAAAUCCUCUGAAAAAGAGAUUGACAUGAGAGAUGUAAGAAGUAUCCUGAAGCCACCAAAAAUGUACAGGACAGAGAUAAAUUUCGAAAUGGAGGAUGAGCCAAACAAGAUAGAAGGAGAAGAAGAGGAUUCCACUAGAUCUGGUUUUGUUCGACCUGCAGCCAUUUGUCCUGUAAUCUUCCAGCCAGACCUUGAUGUAGAGCUUGUUUUGUUCACAGCUCAUUGAAGCUUCAGCAACAACUUAGGUAAUGUCUAGCACCAUAGCACUCUACAAUGCAUUGUGUAAGUCAUUUUCAGCACAUGUAACCUUCUUAUCCUCUGUUCACCUCACACCUAUGAACGCUUGAGUUUUUCUUUAUUAAUAGCCACAUGCACAUCUAUGUCACUGUCAGUAUGCAGUCUAACCAAUGUCAUGUCAUAAAGAAACUAACAGAGAGUAGAAAGUAUGUAAUGUAAUUCAUUAGAGAUUCAAAGAUUAAUUGGAAUAAUAAUUAUGACUAAUUGACUGCUAAAACACUUGUCCAUUUUAAUAAUUGUUAUUUGUAGUAUACACUCUGAGAAGCAUUUUAUAUAUAAUUUAUAUAAAGACAGCAACAGCAGUUCUAAAUCAAAAUGUUAAAAAUAAUUCAACUGUUAUUUUAAUGAAUAUCCAUUUUAUUUGUAUUUAUUCUCCAUCUGAGAAUGUGUUCAAUCAGCAUAAUCCACUUUUAUCUGAUUGAAAAUGUAUUUUUUUAAAUCUCAAUAACCAAUAGAAAUAAUGACUUUGGAUGAAUAAAGUUAUCUGAUUAUCAUUUUUUACAAAAAUAUUUAAUUUGCUGAAAUAAUGGUUAGUUCCAGUGCAUUUGUAAGACCUCAGUCUAGUUAUUGUGCUAAUUAGCUGUUGUGGCUUUGAAAGUUUCGAACGGUUUGAAAACAAUUUUACAAAUCACCCAGUAAUUUUCAUUCUGUUUCUGUUCUCAUUUGCAUAUUUCUGUUUUGAGAUGUCAGCAUGGGAUCCAUUUUGUAGAAAAGCAUAAUUCGUUCAUUGCCAAAUGCUUUUCUCUUUUUGUGUGCACACUGUUAAUG